UGACCUCCAUACAAAAACUCCUUGUUUGAUGGGCGAAAUAACGAAGAAAUGCCACCUGCUGGAGAGAGAAAGAUUUUUCUCCGAGUUUGGCCGCUUUCUCCCCUUCCUCUCUGUGGAAACCAAGGUCUCAAGUAAAUUAGCCCAAAGUGUCGUGAAACAUUAGAGGAACUGUCGCGACAGUGUUGUUCCUUUACGGCAUACCGCCAUUUUAAGUUGAGGACCAAAUCUUUUUUUCUCCUGGCGAGAAGCUAACCAAGCUUAAGCCACUUUAUCUUUCGCUUUGGCUGAAGUAUAUUCAUCUGUGGGAAAACAACUUGCUUUGAACAAGGAGAGUGCACGCUCUUAUUCCACGUUGCCUGAUUCGGGCUCUCGGAGUUUUAAAGGGAUUGAAUGAAGAGUUGAGGUGAGUGGGACAAAUGUGUAGUGCCCCUGAGUCUGAGUGGUGGCACGAGGCCUACGCUGGACAGUGGUUAGCUAGAUAGCUAAACUGGAAUAUGUAACGUUAGGUAAAAUCGACCUGUUAAAAUGUACCACAUUUCGUUUUAGGUAUCUCGUCUUACUGCAAUUAAUUAGCUUAAAGCUUUGGUGGAUUGGCAAACUAACGUUAGCCAGGUGGGUCCAUUGUUUGACUGUAUUGUUAGCUAACGUUAGCCCACCACUGAGAUGUCUAGUCGGAAGACAGACAACUAGCUCUAAAGGCGUCUUCAUGAUUCUCAUCUGAAACAGAUUGGAACAGUUCGUGACGUUUUAUUAUUGAGAACGGUGCAAUUGCGGACCGCAAUUAGGGACGUUACUGCAAAUGUGCGUUCCUACAUCUGCAGGAACCCCUAUACCUUUUAUUGGUCAAUUUUCAAGUUGGGACAUGCGGGAGGUGGUGCCGCUCCAGUACAGUAGGUGGCAUUAAUGCACAAUAACGGUGGUUCAGUGCAGUUGAUCACCAUGGCUAUAAACACAAGAAAUCCAACCUUAUUAAAUUCAAAAUCUCUUGCUCUCUUCAAGCCUACUCACUCACCCUUGGGCUAUCCUCUACUCUCUUCACUGCCUCAGCAUAGGACUCUUUGUGCCCCACUUGAACUCUGGCAAUCUCAACCUGUCUCUCUCAGGGCACGUUCGAUCCCCAGCUGCAUGGGCACCUCCACAGUUGACACAGUGCUUUCUCUAUCCCAACUGUACACUCCCUCUGACUAUGCCCUCCUGUAUAUUUCUCACAAUUUGGGAUCUCCAUUUUACACACUACUGCAACAUGUCCAAAUCUAUGGCACCGAUGCGGGUUCGGAACAUAGGCCCUCACAGAAUAGCAAAUUUAACUUAACCUGAAUUUAUCAGGUAGAAAAUGUGUCAAAGCUCAGCAAGACUGGGUAUUCUCAUGCUCGCCAUUGCCACUGGGUUUACGUCUCACCAAUCGGCGGGCAUCACAAACACUAGGAAUAUUAUUUUUCAUUUGAUCCACCACAGCGCCCUGCUUCGGAGAGCAAAGGACACCACAGGUUGAGCCCCGAGCCUCGAAGUGCCCACUUCCUCUGGGAGGCGGAUACAGCAUAAAAACAAAUCAAUUUCUCAACUUUCAGAUGUAACCAUUCCCAGUUUGUCCUUUACCCAGCUUGACACAACAUGGGUUGGCCCAAAAACCGGAUUACAGUCUCUUAAAAAAUCUAGCUCCUACCGGUACAGAAUCUGGGCAAAAUUACCACACGUCGCAGCAGGCAGACUAACUACAUCCUGGACUGACUCCACUUCAGAGCGCUCACCACUGCUGACUGACUGAAUUUUGAGAUAAGCAAAGUUCUCGAGUGCAUGAAGACCUACAAGGAAGAUUACUUGGUUUGUAAUCAGGGGACGUAGGUACACUAAAUGACGGGGCGGCAGGUAGCUUAGUGGUUAAGAGCGUUGUGCCAGUAACCGAAAGGUUGCUGGUUCUAAUCCCCGAGCCGACUAGGUGAAAAAUCUGCCGGUGCCCUUGAGCAAGGCACUUAACCCUAAUUGCUCCUGUAAGUUGCUCUGGAUAAGAGCGUCUGCUAAAUUACUAAAAUGUAUAUGGCACUUGCUCAUUGAACCUCUCAUUCCAAAAUCAUGGGCAUUAAUAUGUAGUUAGCCCCCCUUUUGCUGCUACAACAACCUACAUUCUUCUGGGAAGGCUUUCCACUAGAUGUUGGAACAUUGCUGCGGGGACUUGCUUCCAUUCAGCCACAAGCAUUAUUGAGGUUGGGCGAUUAGGCCUGGUUCGCAGUUGGAGUUCCAAUUCAAACCCAGAUUUGUCAGUCGGACUGCCAGAUGGAGAAGCGUGAUUCAUCACUCUAGAGAACCCGUUUCCACUGGUCCAGAGUCCAGGCGGCGAGCUUUUCACCACUCCAGCCGACACUUGACAUUGCGCAUGGUGAUCUUAGACUUGUGUGCGGCUGCUCGGCCAUGGAAAACCAUUUCAUGAAGCUCCAGACGAACAGUUAUUGUGCUGAUGUUGCUUCCAGAGGCAGUUUGGAUCUCUGUAGUGAGUGCUGCAACCAAGGACAGAAUUGUACAUGCUAUGCGCUUCAGCACUCGGCUGUCCCGUUCUGUGAGCUUGUGUGGCCUACCACUUCGCGACUGAGCCGUUAUUGCUCCUAGACGUUUCCACUUUACAAUAACAGCAUUUACAGUUGAUCGGGACAGCUCUCGCAGGGCAGAAAUGUUGCGAACUGACUUGUUGAAAAGGUCACUGAGCUCUUCAGUAAGGCCAUUCCACUGCCAAUGUUUGUGUACGUAAAUUGCAUGCAUGGCUGUGUGCUCGAUUUUUAUACACCUGUGUGUGGCUGAAAUAGCUGAAUCCACUAAUUAUGAAGGUGUCCACAUACUUUUGUGUGUGUAAUAUAUAUGCAGUGCCUUUGGAAAGUAUUCAGACCCCUGACUUUUUCCACAUUUUGUUACGUUACAGGCUUAUUCUAAAAUGGAUGAAAUAUUAUUUACACACAAUGCCCCAUAAUGACAAAGCGAAAACGGGUUGCUAAAAAUGUUAGCAAAUGUAUAACAUUUUAAAGCGUAUACCUUUAUUUACAUAAGUAUUCAGACCCUUUGCUAUGAGACUCAAAAUUGAGCUCAGGUGCAUCCUGUUUCCAUUGCUCAUCCUUGAUGUUUCUACAACUUCAUUGGAGUCCACCUGUGAUAAAUUCUAUUGAUUGGACAUGAUUUGGAAAGGCACAUACCUCUCUAUAUAAGCUCCCACAGUUGAAAGUGCAUGUCAGAGCAAAAACCAAGCCAUGAGGUCAAAGGAGUUGUCCGUAGAGCUCCGAGACAGGAUUGUGUUGAGACAAUUCUGGGGAGGGUACCAAAAAAUGUCCGCAGCAUUGAAGGUCCCGAAGAACACAGUGGCCUCCAUAAUGUUUUUCAUGGAAGAAGUUUGGAACCACCAAGACUAUUCCUAGAGCUGUCCGCCCGGCCAAACUGAGCAAUCAGGGGAGAAGGGCCUUGGUCAGGGAGGUGACCAAGAACCCGAUGGUCACUGACAGAGCUCCAGAGUUCCUCUGUUGAGAUGGGAGAACCUUCCAGAAGGACAACCAUCUCUGCAGCACUCCACCAAUCAGGCCUUUAUGGUAGAGUGGCCAGGCGGAAGCCACUCCUCAGUAAAAGGCACAUGACAGCCUGCUUGGAGUUUGCCAAAAGGCACCUAAAGAUUCUCAGACCAUGAGAAACAAGAUUCUCUGGACUGAUGAAACCAAGAUUCAACUCUUUGGCCUGAAUGCCAUUAAUCACGUCUGGAGGAAACCUGGCACCAUCCCUACAGUGAAGCGUGGUGGCAGCAUCAUGCUGUGGGGAUGUUGUUCAGCAGCAGGUACUGGGAGACUAGUCAGGAUCGAGGGAAAGGUGAAGGGCGGAAAAUAAAGAUCCUUGAUGAAAACCUGCUCAGGACCUCAGACUGGGGCGAAUGUUCACCUUCCAACAAGACAAUGACCCUAAGCACACAGCCAAGCCAACGCAUGAGUGGCUUCUGGACAAGUCUCUGAAUGUCCUUGAGUGGCCCAGCCAGAGCCCGGACUUGAACCCAAUCAAACAUCUCUGGAGAGACCUGAAAAUAGCUGUGCAGCGACACUCCCCUUCCAACCUGAUCUUGAAAGGAUAUGCAGAGAAAAAUGUGAGAAACUCCCCAAAUACAGGUGUGCCAAGCUUUUUUUUCUUUUCUUUAUUUAACCUUUAUUUAACCAGGUAAGCCAGUUGAGAACAAGUUCUCAUUUACAACUGCGACCUGGCCAAGAUAAAGCAAAGCAGUGCGAUUUAAAAACAACAACACAGAGUUACAUAUGGGGGAAACAAAACAAAGUCAAAAAAAUAUAUACAGUGUGUGCGAAUGUAGUAAGUUAUGGAGGUAAGGCAAUAGGCUUGUAGCAUCAUACCCAAUAAGACUAGAAGCUGUAAUUGCUGCCAAAGGUGCUUCAACAAAGUACUGAGUAAAGAGUCUGAAUACUUACGUAAAUGUGAUAUUUCCGGGGUUUUUUAAAUUUAUAAAUUUGCAAAGAAAUCUAAAAACCUGUCAUUAUGGGGUAUUGUGUGUGUGUGGAUUAAUGAGAAAAAACAAACCAUUUUUUAUUUUAGAAUAAGGCUGUAACGUAACAAAAUGUGGAAAAAGUCAGGGGUCUGAAUACUUUACGAAGGCACUGUGUGUGUACUCGAAUGAAGGUGUAUACAUGGGAGAUUAAUCUCUGAUCUUAGCAGCAGCAUUCUUACGCUUUCGUGUCAUCACACCUCCUGGUCCGCUUCUUCCUCAGACCGCAAUUGUGGGCUACUCUUUGGGUGCUGAAAUUAGUGGUUUUUGAUAACUUAAUUUUAUGUGACGUCGGAGCACCAGUCCACCCACACUAGUCGCAGCUCAACUCAAUAGUAAAUUGUGGAGUUGCGUUUAGUUGGCUGCCAACUAUACCGAACAAAUAUACGCAACAUGUAAAGUGUUGGUCCCAUGUUUCAUGAGCUGAAAUAAAAGAUCCCAGAAAUGUUCCAUAUGCACAAAAAGCUUAUUUCUCAUUUGUGUACAUUUGUUUACGUCCCUGCUAGUAAUAAUUUAUCUUUUGGCAAGAUAAUCCUCCACCUGACAGGUGUGGCAUAUCAAGAAGCUGAUUAAACAGCAUGAUCAUUACACAGUUGCACCUUGUGCUAGGAACAAAAUGUGCACAGAUGUCUCCAAGUUUUGAGCUUGCAAUUGGCAUGCUGACUGCAGGAAUAUCCACCAGAGCUGUUGCCAGAGAUUGAAUGUUAAUUUCUCUACCAUAAGCCGGCUCCGUGUUUUGGGGAAUUUGGCAGUACGUCCAACUUGUCUCACACCCGCAGACCGCGUGUAACCACGCCAGUCCGGGACCUCCACAUCUGGCUUCUUCACUUGCUGGAUCGUCCGAGACCAGCCACCCGGACAGCUGAAGAAACUGUGGGUUUGCACAACCGAAUAAUUUCUGCACAAACUGUCAAACAGUAUUGGGAGCUCAUCUGCGUGCUCGUCAUCCUCACCACCUGACUGCAUUUCUGGAAGCUGAAAAUGUCCCAGUUCUUCCAUGGCCUGCAUACUCACCAGACAUGUCAUCCAUUGAGCAUGUUGGGAUGCUCUGGAUCGACGUGUAUGAUAGCGUGUUCCAGUUUCUGCUGAUAUCCAGCAACUUCGCACAGCCAUUGAAGAGUGGGACAACAUUCCACAGGCCACAAUCAACAGCCUGAUCAACUCAAUGCAAAGGAAACGUUGCGCUGCAGGAGGCAAAUGGUGGUCACACCAGAUACUGACUGGUUUUCUGAUCCACACCCCUAUUUAUUUUAUUUUAUUUUUUAUAUCUCUGAGCAACAGAUGCAUCUGUAUUCCCAGCCGUGAAAUCCAUAGAUUAGGGCUUAAUGCAUUUAUUUCAAUUGACUGAUUUCCUUAUGAACUGUAACUCAAUAAAUUCUUUGAAAUUGUUGCGUUUUGAUAUUUCUGUUUGUGUGGUAUGUGUAUAUAACCUGCCUAAAGCAUUCACUAUUCCAGCUAGCUAGCUAUCCUUGUAAAUGUUUAUUGGGAAGGAGUCCCAUGUUGACGAGUUAACCUGUGACUUUCCAGCCUUCAUUUUCCUUGAAGCCUCCAGGUAAGGGAAGAUUGAGCAUAGUUUGGCAACAUUGAUCAAUUCUCUUACACACUAGCUUCAAAGCUAGUUCCACACAUGAAAAUAAGAUGUUACCUUACCUUGCUAGCUACGUGGAAGUAAUUUAGGUAGCUUUGCAGAAGAAAUUGAGCUGCACAUGGUUCACAAUGGUCUUCCAAGCCUUUGUGGCUCUGUCCACACUGCCUAAUGGCAACACUGAUGCAACUCCAUGUCUGCAUAUUAUUAGUAACUACGUAGUUUGUAAACUAAACAUCUCUUUUUCUCGCUGCAGGUGAAAGAUGACCCAGUUUUUACCCCCCAACCUGCUGGCCCUAUUUGCGCCGCGGGACCCCAUACCAUUUCUGACGCAGUUGGAGAAGCUGCCCCAUGAGAAACACCACAACCAGCCAUACUGCGGCAUUGCUCCCUUCAUCAGGCACUUUGAGGUAAGGCAAACCGACCUGGCCCUUGUGCAAUUACACUCUUCAUGAAUGAGAUGGAUAGUUGGCUAUUUUGGUGUAUUAUUUGACAAUGCCUUUGGCCCUCUACCUUUUUAUUAGCCUAACUUUUGAACUGUUUUGAUAGGACCCCAGAGAUGCCCCUCCCCCUACUAGGGCAGAAACUCGUGAUGAGAGGUUGGAGAGAAAGGUGAGACAAUUGGAAGAGGUCAUUCCCCGUUGUGGGCAUUUCUUUUCACUUUUAGUCUCUGAAACCCUCAGUGCGUAUCUGAAUAAGAUUGGAUAAGUGGAAAUCUUCAGUAGGGUGUACUAGUACAUGGCUUUAAUUUACAUGUACAGUAACCAUUUGGAGAUUGAGUGAGGGGCCUAGCUAACCUGUUUCUGUUUUACAGAGGAGGGAGAAGAUCGAGAGGAGGCAGACGGUUGUGGAGACAGAACUGAAGCUCUGUACGUUGACAUGGAUGAGCUUUUGUGACAUUUCAUAGGACUUACUGAAAGUUGAUGGUCAGGUUGUGAUAUUUGGUUCUGCCUUCUUCCAGGGGAUCCACACAAUGACCCCAAUGCUCAGGGGGAUGCCUUCAAGACCCUGUUUGUGGCUCGCGUGGUAAGUGUGUAUUAUACAGGCUACCUUCCGUGUCCCAUGGCAUCUUUACCUUCUCUUCCAUCCUGUCUUGGCCACUGAGACUAAAACCGUGUAGUGAAUAAUAACAAAUGCAGCACACGUACACCACAAUAAAAUGAAAACCAAGCAUCCACUUCUUGAAGCAUAUCUUACAUUUUCUAUAGAAUGGUAUGAGGCCCAGAAGUGUGUUCUGAAGACAAUUCUAAGACCAAGCUGCCAGUAAAGUCUACACCUGUUGUAUUUCGUAAAUGUGACGAAUAACAUUUGAUUUGUAAAAGGUUUUCCCGCCAAGUUCUGACGGGAUAGAUGUUAACUGUGUUAUCAUUGCUGCAGAAUUAUGACACAACAGAAUCCAAGCUUCGCCGUGAGUUUGAGGUCUACGGACCCAUCAAAAGGGUAAGUUGUCUUGGUCUCCAAACCACCUUUUGGUUUACUUAUUGUCCAUUUGUUACAGUGGCAGUUGGUCCUCUGCUUUCUCUCCCCCCCCCCAGCUUGUUCAGCUAGCGUUAUUAUAGUCGCUCUCUCUUCCAGAUUUACAUCGUCUACAACAAGCGGUCAGGGAAGCCCAGAGGCUACGCCUUCAUAGAGUACGAGCACGAGAGAGACAUGCACUGUGAGUACCACGAGAGGCCAACCCCCCCUCAUAACUCACCUCAUCUCAAAUGGGAGUCUGAAUGCUGGGAGGGUACGUAGGUGGGAUAGUAUUUGUUGAAGGACUCGUGUAAGCGAGACAUGAACAAGAAGGUACCGAAAGAAAUGCACCAGAUCAAUUUUGGGAGCUUACAAUUUUUAAAAUAAUUUCACUAUAGCUUUACAAGUUGUAGCAGUUGGUGUUGCUGACUAUUAGUUAACAUCAGCACCUUAUACUCUUGCUCAGUGUAGGAGGAACCCUCUUGACUGAGUAGCAACUGACUAGGCUCCGUUUUUUAAAUGUGGUUAUUUUCUGUACUGCACUAGCAGCUUAUGCUGUCCUUGGUGUGAUUUCCCAUUGAAGGGCCACGUUGGGUGAUGGUUUCACAUUUAUCCAUAGUCUUAGGCCCACUCUUAAUAUCUGCCAAAUAUAAAAGUACAAUUUUCACACUGCUGAGCCACACCGAGCUGUACUGCGCUGGCCUGAUUACGCUGCGAGGACAUGGUGAAAGGAAAGUAUCCAAGCCAGCAGAGUAUGGUUUGGAUUGGCACAAUGGUGAGAGAAGGAGAACUAGCUGGCAAGUAGGCUUGGGCGGUAUCUAGAUUGUCAUACCUUCAUACCGACCUUGUGCCACACAGGGAUAUUCGGUAAUACCGGCACUGAACACAAGGGGCGCGGUUUUCAAACCCAACUGAUACUCUGUAAUCCGAAGGUUAGCAAUGCUAACAAGUACAUGUAAAAUGCCAUAGAGAAAGCUAACUAAAUGCUAACGACUGCAUUGCGAACGUUUUGUGCAGUUUCUGACCUAAACUAUACAGGUAACUCAAAUGCUACACAGUUUGCUGCACGCACAAAACCAAUAUCAGCCAGCAAGGCUUUUGAUCCAGGAGGGGAUUCUCUGCUGUUACCAAGUGAAUGCUUGAUUUUGGAAGAAGCUAACCACUUAGCUAGAUAGCUAACUAGCUACUAAAUUAGCAAACCAAACGCACAACUGCAGAACAGUUAGCAUAUUUUAGACAGUUAACAUUUAGACUUACCAUACUGUAAUUAGAUCACUUGGCGCAUGCUGCACAACAGUGAGUGACUCACAAGGCUCCGGUCUCUCGUAGUUGUGUGCUUGUAAACAAACACCACGUGACUGGGGACUACCGUCAGCUUCAUAAUAAUGUGUCUGGUGAAAUGAAGAACACAAUGUUCUUUAUCUCCUAACUUAUUGCACAAGUUGACUGCAGGUAUCUACUUAAGUAGCUACAAAUAUUCAAAUUUAUUAAUUAACUUCAAAUAAAUAGUUUCAACGGUAUUGACGGUAUUGACAAACCAUCCUGUGGCUUUUUCCAAAUACCCCGGUAUACCACCCAAGCCUACUGGCAAGGGGUUUAAAAAUAUGGACCCACAGUCCACACAAGUUAAAGAUACAACUCUGAAUACAAGGGUCUCCAAAAUCCAUCCAUCCUCUUUAUUUUCAUAACUUUGAGUUAUGGCGAUAUGUUAUUAAUUAGGGGAAACAAGGUGCUGAGUGAGGUUUGUGUGUGACGUCUGUCUUGUUUGUGGCGCAUGAUGAUCUCUUGACUAACUCAAGUACAGCAGUGAAAUGGUUUCUGUACUGCACUUGUCUGAGCGAGUGCAGUUAGUCCAGCCAUGGCACUUCUCCUAUGUGGCGGUUCCAAUCAGUGGGAGGGGUGGGAAGGUUUGGCCUAUGUUUUGUAUGCAUAAACAACUAAGCCUUGUUCUUCUGGUCACCUUGAAUGCCUUUGCUUGCUGUAGGUUAGGCCUGUAAUAGUUAGGAGUGCUAAGUCAUCUGUGGAACAGGUAGGUUUCCUGGUUGGACCACCAACGGUAAGCUACAGGUCACCAACAGGCUAGUGCCCCCUACCUUGUCUGGUUAACUUGGGUACCCUCAUCUCUGUGCUGUUGUGUGACACUAGGCCAUUUCUAUCAGCUCAUAUCAGUGGUCUUCAACCCUGGUCCUGGCGAGCUACCAUGCCUGCUGGUAUUUUUCUCAUUGAUCGAAUUUAAACAAAUUGUCAGGGAGAUGGGUGUUCCAGGUGUAAAUCGGUUGCUCACUAAGAUUGCUACUUACUUGGCCACCUCCCAGGCUGACUACAUUGUAAUCACUUGCCAGAUCUCGCAACACCUGGGUAGUUGUUUUACAUAUCAGCAAACCAAAUCAUAUCAAAUAGGAAUCUGAUGCCUGACUGCUAGUCGGUGAUUAGGCAAGUAUCCGCACAGCGCGACUGCAAUGUAGCUUGUCUGGAACGUGGUCGCUGAUUCAUUGCUGGAACACUUAGGGUCGUGCAAUGAACAGGCAGGGAAUAGUGUUCCCCAGGACCAGGGUCGCCCACCCUUGGUAUGAUGUGACUCAGGUGAGGGUUGACUUGUGAGGGGAUGUCUAUGCUGGCUCUGUAGUGUAUUAACUGUUUGUUGUUCUCAUUGCCACUGCAGCCGCCUAUCUGUGAUGGCUAUUGGCCAGAGCUGGCUUGCAGAUGAUGAUGGUUAUGAUACAUCUACACCCUACUACCACAGCUCAGUAUAUGGUUGGUAUGAUGGGUUUGUAUGAUGGGUAAGCUUUCUUUCCACCCUUCAUCCUCCUAUUUAGGGAAGAGGAGCUACGUUCAAUGGGCAAAGCAAAUUUUUUUUUGAAGCUGCUUAAAUGUUGCCUGAACAGUAUUGACAUUGGUAAGACAGAGCUGGUGCUUUGACCAUUGAACGCACCCCCAGGCCAUUAGUCAGUUAAUGGGUGCCCUAUGAGUUUUCCUUUUGUGUUAAAGCCACCUCCGAUGUAUCCCUUUUAGCACUUUUACAUAUAGGCCUAAGAGCUUUUACUGUUUUGAUUAUUGUAUUUGUCUGAAACAACAGCAUUUUAGCAAGUUGUCUCUUGCAUAAUCAUUAAGAAAAGGACAAUCUUUUGCAUAACAUUGCGUCAAAAAGACCACAUGCCCAAGACAAAAUCCCCUAGCGUUGUAAGUUAAGGUCCUUUCUUGUGUGCGUCGAGCUGGCUUUAAUGGAUUAGGCUUACGACGGGACUCUAACCACUUUUACAGCAAGGCACAUAAUUAUGCACAUGUAGCUUUGCCCCUACUAUAGAACUAGGCAAGAGCAGAUGCCAACAAGAGCAUAGCGAUAGUUCAUUCAGACAUGGCAGUCAUCUCACCCCCAGAUCUCUUUACCACAGCUGAUAUUAAGGAUCAGGUGUAUACAGCUAAUAGAACCAGUCUAGUGAGGAAACAUGUCACCACUGGAACUAGCCUACAUUUUAUUCUAGCCUACACCAAACACUUGUCUCAUUUUCUCUAGAUACAUACCUUUCUGUUUCUUAAAAUAACCUUUUGAUAUGCACCAUACGUGUGCUUGUAUAGUAAGAUUGUAUUUAGGCCUUGUAUUCAAGUCGUUUUGGGGGUUGAGGUAAGGCAACCCCCCUUUGAGUGAAGUCAUCUCUGAUUGGUUGAGAAGGUUAUGGUUUGUGGUAAGACAAACCCGGAUUGGUUAGGUUAGUGAGGGGUUGUGGUAAGGCCCCCUGGUAGUAUAAACCUGUGAGGUGUCAUGAAAGUACAGUGAUAAUUUGCUGUGAUCUAGAGGGGGUUCUGGUAAGGCCCUCUGAUUGGCUAUAAAAGCGAGGGGUUCUGGUAAGGCCUUUUGAAUGGUUAAGCGAGUGGUUCUGGUAAGGCCCUCUGAUUGGAUAUAAAGAGGAAAGAGUCCUCUGUGCCGUUUCUCAUUGGAUCGUCUUCCACAGCAGAGCAGACCAGUGUAGAGGCCAGGAUGGGUCAUCAUGGAUCUCGCCGAAUUCUUCGGUCAUAAGAGACUGAUCCCAAGACUGUCUGGGCCAAGGGAGUAUAUAUAUUUGUGCGUGUUCUGAGUUUGACUCCGAAGCUGCAGACUAUGGUGUUAAAUCUGGCAGAAGCAGGAGACUGCCAUGUUGACUGGCAACUGGAAGCCCUAUGCUCCGGGAGGUUCUGAGUUCGACACUGCGCUCGUGUCCAGGUGGUGGUAAGAUAGUUGACGAAAAACAAACAGCAGCCCGUAAAGCCCCAACUAAGGUAUGUGAACAUGGUCACAUUUAACUCAUGACACAUUUGAUUAUAUCUCCCCCUCCAGACAAGUAUUACAAGCAGGUCAGAGGUUGUAUGUAAGGCAACCAAAUUUACACUAGCCUCACUAGAGUCAGAAGCACAACAUGUAUUGGGUAAGAAGAUGUUGGUGUAAUAAGCAGCAUUACCAUAAAAGGCUGUGUAUUCUGGCAAUCAGAGUAAAUAACUCAAACCAAUGUGUCACUGGUAUUUUAUUUCUCACUGAACCAGGGAGGGGGGUAAGAACACCAGGAGUGGUGUGUGGUUGUGCCAGUGACGAUGGCUAUCGCAGGACGUGCCUAAGGUGUUACGCUUUGAACACAGAAAAAUAGUAUGCAGCAUCAUUUAGAUAUGUGUGCAACAAAAGUUCAACAUUCACCUUCUGCUACCAUUUCUGUCAACUCGUUAACGCAUACAGUUUGACGCAUACGUUCGAUAAAUCCAACGUAUGCACAACACAGAACGCACUGCAACUGCCUCUGCAACGCAAUGCUGCAGGGCAAACGCAGCGUUCCAUUGGAAAUAAACGCAAUGAAACAGUCAGUGUGUUCAAAGCGAAAGGAUUUGCAGUGCAGAGCCACCUGUGGUUUGUCACUAACCACGUUUCUAUCCACAGUUUUUAGAGUAAAGUCAUACCAUAUUUAAAAAAAUAACGACAGCUGUGAUGGAAACAGGAAGUUUCGGUACAAUUUUAUAAAUGCUGACUGAAUUUGUUAGUUCGACAUGGUGGGAUCUUUCUGUCAGUAAAAUGAAUUAUGUGCGAGAUGGCGGUGGAAAUGACUUAUGUGCAAAUAUUGAUAUAAUUACCAUCUUAUCGAAUUAAACUUGGAAUCGAUAUGGUGUGUGGUCCUCCCACUAUGACUCGGGAAACCAUGCAGUUUAUUAGGCUACAGAUCAAAUAUAUGGAUGAACUUCACAGGGUGGUGAAAGUGCACGAUGAUGAGCUUUAUUCUACUUUCCAAUAAAUAUCGAGGGUCUUAUGCUGGUGACAUGAUGAUUGACGCUUGACUGCCGUUUGACAAAAUAUUAUCUUCUCCAUUAUCUCAUGUAGACUAGCCUACCCGUACUGUAUAUGCGAGCGUAGGCACAUUUGCUAUUAAAUGCAACAGUUUUUGUGACAAAAAAAGUAACGCUUUUUCAACUACAGAUGGUUAUGUGUGCGCUACGUCAUCACGCACUGAUUGUCUUUUGCCGCAACAAGUCAUUUUGGAAAUGCACAUUUUGCAAUAUUUGUAUUAAAAUCUGACGACAAUUGGAUGGAAACCUAGCUACUGGUAGAAAAUCUAUUUUUCCACCUAUAAGUGGUUAGACGUGCUUUUGUAAGUGAAGUGGGUGUCUAUCUUACCCAUGGGGGUGACUCCUAUUCACUGUUCCUUCUGGGUAAGAGGUUGUAGAUGUGACAAUGUGUGAACAUGCACAAAUGCAUUUCUCAUCAAUUUGUCAGGUUGGAUAUUAAUUAUUGUCAUCUGAUUUAUUUCAAGUGACGGGCUCUCAAACGCACUCCACAUCAAAGUGCUGUCAACUGCUUGGACCACUCGUUUUCAUUUCAUGUCAUUUAGCAGACGCUCUUAUCCAGAGCUACUUACAGGAGCAAUUAGGGUUAAGUGCUUUGCUCAAGGGCACAUCGACAGAUUUAUUUUGACCUAGUCCGCUCUGAUUUGAACCAACAAACUUUCGGUUACUGGCCUAACGCUUUUUACCGCUAGGCUAACCACUAGGGACACGCAAUAUUCAGUAAUAAACCAUUAUUGAGAAUGGUCCAUUCAUCUGACUGCCGUAGCUUUAAAUUAAUUAAUUUUUACACAGAAUCCCAUGAUGAAAGUUUAUAGUUAUGAAAAGCUGGGUAUUUUCAUCACUAUGGAGCAAUUUUAAAUGCAUAUAGUUUUAGGUAAAAAUCUUAACCAAGGCUACAUUCAUGUGUCAUAAUUUAUGGGUAUACAUAUAUAAUUGAUAUUGAGCGUUAUGCUCGCUUCCCUAGAUGUAUGAAUUUAGCUUAUAGUUGUGGGCGAAGUCAAGACCAUUGAUUGGUCUACUCACCUCUGGUCCUCGAAGCCAGUUCCACUGCAUUCCCCCCCCCCCCUCCAUCGUUCCCCUCUAAUCAGGGACUGAUUUAGACCUGGGACACCAGGUGUGCAAUUAAUUAUCAGGCAGAACAGAAAAGCAGCAGGCUCCGGACCACGUAGGGUAAGAGUUGAGUACCCCGGGUAUAAACACUAACCUUUUAGCUUCAAGGUAAAAUGAGCCAUGCAACAGUAGAGUAUGAAAAAUGUAUGCACACACUAACUGUAAGUCGCUCUGGAUAAGAGCGUCUGCUAAAUGACUAAAAUGUCACUACUAGACCUAAGUAAGAUUUAAAUUAUUUUAAAGCAGAGUUUCACUUUUUUCGGUCUCUGGUGCUCCACAGAAACCAUACAUGACACAGAGCAAUCAUAUAGGCCUAACUUCAAUGUUUUUUGUUUGAAUAUAUUAUAUAAUAAAAUCUAAGGUUAGAGAUUUGAAUAAUUCAUGCUUUGGAAGGCAGACUUUGGUACAUUUUUAUCUACUAUACCGGCUCACUUGUAAUUUGCGGCUAGAAUUAAUUUAUUAUUCUAUCCCUCAUUAGCAUUUCAAAAUUGAUUUACUGAAGUAAAGUGCUUCACAACAAAAUACUUAAGCUGUGGUACAUCUUCAAAAAAGCGAAAGAUGUGCAGGUAAAAGCUUCAUUUAGUGGUGGAAAAGGGUCUACUACUACAUGGUCUGUCUGCCCAGAGAGCAGCUCCACACUACCUCACCUGCUCCUGGUCAGUAUAUUCAUGCACUCUUUGUUAUCCUUACCUUGUGAAAUAGCAGAGCUCCAACUUACCCUUCUCUACCUUUUCUGUCAUCACCCCCCCCCCCCCCCCCCUCCUCCCCUCCCCUCCAGCCGCCUACAAGCAUGCAGACGGCAAGAAAAUCGACGGGAGGAGAGUGCUGGUGGAUGUGGAAAGAGGCCGCACUGUGAAGGGAUGGCAGCCCCGCAGGCUAGGUGAGGAACUACACAUGAUCUCUGUGACUGCAUGAAUUAAUUGAAUGUUUUGGAACAGCUGAUUCUCUUCAAAUUGGCAUUUGCCAUUUAUGAAUCCCUUUUAAUAUUGUAUUUGUCCGUUUUUAAAUACAUAAAUCAUAGACAGGAAAUGAAUGCAUCACAAUGAGCCCUGUUUUCUGUCCCCAACCAGGUGGUGGUCUUGGUGGGACGAGGAGAGGCGGGGCUGACGUCAACAUCAAGCACUCUGGAAGAGACGACGCCUCACGUUACGAUGACCACCCCCCAAUUGGCGGGUGAGUAACUACACUCGGCCCUUGGGGUGGUCUACCAAGGGAGGAUUGUCACCCUAUUCCAAAUAGGCCCUACCCAUUAGACCCAAAAUAAUUGGAUAGAUGUAGCAAUAUACGGGAAAAUAAUGUGACGGCAAGAUGGAUUUACUACCAUAUUCCUUAGUUACAUCUAUCCAAUUAUUUUAGAUCUAUGAAAGUCUAGAGGAUAUGGGCUAGUGGUAGAUUUGGGAUUGGACAUUUUGUGGUUUGACUGACUUGAUAUUUUCUGUAGAGGUUUGUCAGUUGACUGUUAUUUUUGCCCUUCUCUUCACCUCAGGGAACGAGAGCGCGAACGUGGACCUGAGCCCAGAGGGGAGCGCAGAGAGCGCAGCGAGCGCAGCCGUGAGCACGAACGGGGGGGGGAGAAAGAGCGCGGUGGCGAGAGACGGAGGUCCCGGUCCCGGGAAAGACGCAGGCGCAGCUCUCGCUCCAGGGAGAGGGAGAGGGGCGACAGGGGUCUGGGCCUGGCAGGGCCCGGAGAGGAGAGCGUAGGGGGUGGCAGGAGGAGAGACCGAGAGAGGGAGCGGGGGGGAGGAGGGCCAGGGGGGAGAUAGUCGUAGCAGGGAGAGGAGCAGAGACAAGGGCGAAAGGAAGAGGAGGAGCCGCAGCCGAGAGCGCAAGCGAGACCGGGAGAGGGGCAAGGGUGGCGAGGGGGAUGAGGGCAUGGGGCUAGGAGAAGGUAUGAUGGCGGAGGGAGGAGAGAGAAUGCCUGAAGAGCCUAGCGUGGGUGAGGAAGGGGGAGAGGUGGGAGAGGAGCGUGGCGGGAGGGAGCGGGACAGGGAGAGGGAACGCGACCGGAGGCGCAGCCACAGGGACAAGGACCGCGAUAGGGACCGGGAGAGGCACAGGGGGGACAGGGAGAAAGACCGGGAGCAUAAGAGAGACCGGGAGCGGGGUGGCGGGGAGCGCAGGGAGGACCGGCAUGGCUCUCUCCUGCUCCCCUCGGCCGAGCAGGACGACGUGGGUAACGGGGAGGAGGGCGAAGCGCCGCCCAAGCCAGAGGAGAACAGCCAGGAUGGGUUGAUGGACCAGGAGUCGGUGCAGUCGGGGGAGGGCUAUGUUUCCAACGAGAACGGCUACAAGAUGGCGACCCAGGCAGACGAGUACUAA